AUGCAAUCUCUUCCACGAUUAAAUACUUCGUUAUUAACACCUAUCACAAAACAUUAUGGCUAUCAUACUGAUCACUUCAAUGGUCAAAUAUCUCCAAAUGAUUCUUCAAGCGGGAACCGUUACCAAUGCCCUUAUUGUUCAAAACGAUUUUCGCGACCAAGCUCUCUUAGAAUUCAUACCUAUUCUCAUACUGGUGAAAAACCUUUUGUGUGCACGGAACCUGGAUGUGGUAGAAAAUUCUCGGUACAGAGCAAUAUGCGUCGACAUCUUAGGGUUCAUAGAUUAGGAAGGACCGUCAAGAAGACUCGCUAUGAAGGAGAGAUUGAAGGUGUUAAAAUGCUAAAUCAUCAUACUCCUAUCUUUCGAGGAUAUUGA